CAACCAGUGAAUAAUCAUCCCUCCCAAAAAAUUCCCUAUCCAUCCAUUUAAUUCCCAUCAAUAACUCCUUCUUCACCUCUCCUCUCUAUGGCUCUAUCUAAGUACUAACAUAUCAAAAAACCCGUCCAACAAAUCGCAAUGGUGUAAAUGUUAUCCGACGACUUCAACCACCACCAAGUCCACCACAACCACCGCGAUUCGGAAAGCCGGCCGGAGCCGCCAAUCCAAGAUGAUCAUCAUCAGCAGCCAACACCACAACCAAGAGUCUUAACCAUCUUAUCUUACGUGCUAGAAAAGCUUGUGGCUCGAAACAACCACCUUGUUUUGAGCAAUAAUGGAACAACAAGUAGUUAUCAUGAUGAUGAUCAGCAUCAUCAUCAAAUGAGGAAGAAUUAUUUGAAGGGUUUUGAUGGGGUUAGAGCACCAAGUAUUAGUAUUCCAAAAUAUUUGGAGAGGAUUUAUAAGUACACAAAUUGUAGUUUAUCAUGUUUUGUGGUGGGAUACGUGUAUUUGGACAGAUUAAUUCAUAGGUAUCCUGACUCACUUGUGGUCUCACUCAACAUUCAUAGGCUUCUUCUCACUUGUGUCAUGGUCGCUUCCAAGAUGCUGGAUGACGUGAAUUGCAACAAUGCAUUUUUUGCUCGAGUUGGGGGAGUGACGAAUUCCGAGUUAAACAGGCUUGAGUUAGAGUUGCUUUUCCUGUUAGAUUUCCGAGUUGUAGUGAGUUCAAAUGUGUUUGAAACUUACUGCCAUCAUUUGGAGAAGGAGAUGCAUCGGAAUGGAGCGACACCAUUAAUCACCAGUUUUGCUGCUCAUAAUGCUACAGACGUUUCAGUUGAAGCUCACAGUACUACUUCGAAUAAUUCUUCAUCUCCUGAUCCAAAAAUAAAAUAAAUUUAAUUUAAUCGAGAUUUGUAUUCUUUUUUUUUUUUCAUUUUUAUGAUUAAUUUUCUUAUCUUAUAAUAGUUGAAACUUUUUCAGUGCUCCCGUAAUUAAAUGUAUACACGAAUUUUCAGUCACGAAUUUUCAAGAAAUAUAUAUUAAAUGUAUUUACUUACAUACAUGAGGUAUGAAAAUACUAAUAAUUAACCUGACCGAAGAAAAGUGGG